GAGGGAGGGGGAGGAGAAAGCCCUGACAAGACAAGGAACAUCCAAACUGGUGGUUGAGUUUGUUUUCGACUGACCGUACAGCUCACCUUUAAGAGUAGUUUGUUUCCCCAGUGAAACCCACUUGGAGAAAACAAAAGAUUCAUUCUCAAGUGAUUAUCAAUUGGAGACAGAUCCGGGUUAGGGAUGGCGCAUGUGUCCACUUUUCCUUUCAGCUCUAGGGUCCCAACUGGUACAGACUGGUGCAUGCCCAGUGCAUGCUGCCUUAGACUCUGAGUUCACAUGUACAUGGAUUCUGUUGAAUUAGAACAUUUUUUCCUUGGUGUCCACUAUCCCUUCAAUCUCUUCCAAUCUUUCCUUCUCCUCUUCUGAGUUCUCUGAGCCCUGGUAGGAGGGACUUGAUGAACACAUCCUGUUCAGGGCCAAGUGUUCCAAGAACUCUCAGUCCCUGCAUAACGUCUGGCUGUCUCUGUGCCCUCAUCUGCUGCUGGAGAAAACUUCUGUAAUGAUGGCCAAACAAGGCGCCAAUCUGUGGGUGUGGUAGACUAUUGUUAGGAGUUAUUUUAUCACUACAUUUUCCUUUACCUUUUCUAGAUGAGCAUUAUUUGGUUUUACCCUAGGGUUUUGGGCUAUCUAGUCUCAGGUUCUUAGUCACCCAAGCUGUAUUAGCUAUGGGUUUCACCUCAUAGAUUGGCAAAUCAGCUCCUGGUUGGUUACAUCAAGUUUUGUGCCACCAUUGCCUUAGCAUAUAUUGCAAGUAGUAUCCACCAUUUCAGAUCAAAGGGUCUGUAACUGGGUCCGUGCUUCUGUUUCUUCUUUGGUAGCAUGCAGAGUACCUUCCUGUACCCAAGACACUAGAAUGUAGACGUGAAAGCUCCAUGCAGACGCCUGUCUGACUUCUCCAUGUUCAGUGAGUUGUGUAGGUGUUGUCUUCAGCAGUGGGGCUGAGCUGUCACUUUGUGGAGAGCACCCCAUAGUCUUGGCAACAGCCUGGGUUAUUUGAGGAUUCCAAUAAGACUCCUUUGACCAAUAACCCAUUUAGAUGUAAACCAUUCUUGGUACUGGAAGCUUCAUUUGGUGACAAGGGAUGUCCAGUUUGGGUUCUGUCUCCCCGUUAUUUGGUGAUUUAAUUUAGAUCAUCUUUAUAUAUGUAUAUAUUUUAGGAAGCCUCUGUUUUAUUAAACCUCCAUACUAGCCCUCAAAUGUCCCUUAAUUUACUGUUUCUUUGGGGACUCUAUCCCUUGUAUGCUGUUCUUUCCUCUCUUGCUUGAUCCUCCUGUUCCAGUCCUCCACACCUACAUCUGUCCAUAUCUACUCUAUUUAUUUCCCUUUCCUAGGGAGAUCUCUCUGCCACCCCCAAGUCCCUUAAGCCAUACUUAAUCACCGUGGUUCUACAGGUUAUAGCUUGGUUACUCCUGACCUAAAAGCUAAUAUCCACAAAGAAGUGACUUCAUACCAUAUUUGUCUUUCUGGGUCUGGGUACCUCACUCACAAUGUUUUUUUUUUUCUAGUUCUAUUUAUUUGUAUGCAAAUGUAAUGGCUUCACUUUUAAAGGCUUAGUAAUAGUCUAUUGUGUUCAUGUAUACAUUUUCUUCAUCCAUUAUUCUGCUGAGGGACAUCUAGGUUGUUUCUGAUUUCUGGCUAUUUUGAGUAAAGCAGCUGUGAAUAUGGUUGAACAAAUGUCUCUGUGGCAGGACGAAGCAUCCUUUGAGUCCAUUCCCAAGAGUGGUAGCUAGAUCUUGAGGUAGAUUGAUUUCCAUUGUGGCUGUACAAAUCCACACAACCCCCAGCAAUGGAUGAGUGGUCUUCUUAUUCCACAUCAUCAACAGUGUGAGCUGUCACUUAUUUUGUUUCUCUUAGCUAUUUAAAUGGGUGUAAGGUGAAAUCUCAAAGUAGUUUUGAUUUGCUUUUCCCUGAUGACUAAGGAUGUUGAACAUUUCUUUAAGUUGUCUCUUACCACUUGAAUUUCUUCAUUUGGGAACUCUCAGUUUAGCUCUGUACCCCAUAUAUUAAUUGGGUUAUUUGUUUCUUUAUAUAUAGUUCUUUUGAGUUCUUUAUAUAUUUUGGAUAUGAGCCCUCUAUUGAAUGUGUAGCUGGUAAAAAUCUUUCCCCAUUCUGUAGGCUGCCACUUUGUGUGAAUGACAGUGCCCUUUGCUAUGUGGAACUUUUUCAGUUUCAUAAGAUCCCGUUUAUUAAUUGGUGGUCAUAGAGCCUGUGCUAACAGUGUUCUGUUCAGGAAGCCUUUUCCUCUGCCAAUGAGUUCAAGUCUAUUUCCAUCUUCUCUUCUGUCUAGUUCAGUGUGUCUGGGUUUGGAUGGUGAGGUCUUUGGUCCAUUUGGAAUGGAAUUUUGUUCAAAGCGAUCAGUAUGGAUCUGUUUGGAUUCUUCUAUGUGCAGCCAUUUAGUCUGACCAGACCAUUCAUGGAAGAUGCUUUCUUUUUUACAGUGUGUAUUUCUGGCUUCAUUAUAAAAAAAAUAAGGUGUUCAUGGGUGUGUGGAUUUAUGCAUGGGUCUUCAGUUUGAUUCCAUUGAUCCGUGUGUUAAUUUUUCUGCCAAUACCAUGCUGUUUGUAUUACUUUAGCUUUGUAGUACAAUUUGAGGUUGGGGAUAACAAUACCUUUAGCAGUUCUUUUAUUAGUCAAGAUUAAUUUAAAUAUUCUGAGGUUUUUGUUUUGCUCUUUCCAUCUUCUGAUAGUUUCUUCAAUUUAUUUCUUCAACGUCUUAAAGUUUUUAUCAUACAGGUUCUUUACUUGAUUUAUUGGACUUAGAUUAUUUUAUAGAGUUGUAUAUUAUUUGAGGCUAUUCUGAAGGGUGUUGCUUCCCUGAUUUCUCCCCGGUCAUUCUUCAUUUGUACAUAGGGAGGCUGCUGAUUUUUGUGAGCUAAUUUUGUAUUCACUUACUUUGCUGAAGUUGUUUAUCAAGGUAUUGUCUGAGUUUCUCAGAGUAAUUGUUAUGAUACUAUUAUGUCAUCUGCAAAUAGUGAUAUUUUGACUUCUUCCUUUCCAAUUUGUAUACCCUUGAUCUCCUUUCCUUGUCUAAUUGCUCUAGCUAGAACUUCAAGUACUAUAUUGAAUAGAUAGGGAGAGAAUGGACAGUCUUGUCUUGUUCUUCAUUUUAGUGGAAUAGCUUUGAGUUUCUCUCAAUUUAAGAAAAUGUUGGCUAUUGGCUUACUGUAAAUUGCCUUUAUUAUGUUUAGGUAGGUCCCUUUUAUCUCUAAUCUCUUCAGGAAUUUUAUCAUGAAGGGAUGUUGGAUUUUGCAAAGGCCUUUUCUGCAUCUAAUGAGAUGAUCAUGUAAUUUGUUUAUAUAGUGAAUUACAUUUAUUAAUUUACAUAUGUUGAACCCUCCUUGCAUUUCUGGGAUGAAUUCUACUUGACAAUGGGUCAUCUUUUUGAUGUGCUCUUAGAUUUGUUUACAAGUAUUUUAUUGAAUAUUUUUACAUCAAUAUUCACAAGAGAAAUUGGUCUGCAAUUGUCUUUCUUUGUUUUAUAGUUAUAUACUUCGGAUAUCAGAGUAAAUAUGGCAGUAUUCCCUCUGUGGAAUAAUUUAAACAAAAUUGGCAUUAACUCUUCUUUGAAAGUCUUGUAGAAUUCUGUGCUGAAACUAUCUCGCUGUAGGCUAUUUUUGAUUGGGAGACUUUUAAUGACUGCCUCCAUUUCACUAGAAGAUUAUGGUUCUGUUUAAAUCAUUUAUCUGAUCUUGCUUUAACUUUGCAAGUAGUGCCUAUGGAGAAAAUUAUCCAUUUCUUUUAGAUUUUCCAAUUUGGUGGGGUAAAGUUUUCUUUGAGAGAGAAAACAUUGUUUACUGUUUUAAUUUAUUGAAAACUAAAACUUUCCAUCAAAUUACCUGAGAACUCAGGUAGCAGAGAUAUAUACAUGUACAUUCUUCACAGGUCUCAAGUUAGUUUUGUAAGGUUAUAAAAUUAUAUAUAUAUAUAUACAUAUAUAUAUAUAUAUAUAUAUGUGUGUGUGUGUGUGCGCGCGCACGCACACGCAUACUUGUGUGCAUGCAUGUGUAAGGAGAUAGUGGAAGUCAGGUAUGACUGACUGAGACACACACUGAUAACUAUUAGUCUUAUGCAGUUGUUGGCAAGACAGAACAUGCAUGGUCUUCACAGUCAGUUUCUUCACUGAGUCUCAUCCACAAACAUAAAAACCCAUAAACAGCUUCCUGCUCUGCAGUCCAAACACCUUGCCUGCACCAUAUACAUUCUGGUGGGUGAGCCUGCUCUAUCCAACUGUGUUUUCAAGCAGGAGGAUGCCUACUGUUCCCAUCACCUAUCCUUGUGGUUCUGCAUUUAGCACCUGCAGGUCGAUAUAUUGACCCAGAGGAGUGCUGGGACUGUUGGUUGGAGAGGGGGCUGCUCCUGCGCUCACUCUAAGUGUUUCUCCAUGGAGACUCAGCGAAUCUGUUUGCUUUUGUAUUUGUUUAAUCAUGAAGUACACGUUUUUAUAAUAUGCCCUUAAGAUUCUCUGGAUUCCUUUGGUUGUAUGUAUGUUGUUAUGUCUACCUUUACAGACCUGGAUUUCUUAACACACACACACACACACACACACAUACACACCAUCUUUCCCCUUUAGUCUGUUUUCUUCUUAUUGUUAGUUUUUAAGUUAAAAAAAAUCAAUUGAUCUAGAAGCUUUUUUUCUUAUUUUGUAAGUAAAUAGUCUUUGUUUGGGAGUGCUUCCCACUUUUUUUUAAUCUGUAUCAUUGAAUCUGACCUUGUAGGUUUAGGCUGCCCCUCCCCCACCCCUGCUCAGUUUAUUUUCAUUAAACGAUCACGUCAAAGCUUUACCCUUUCAUCUUUGUGUUUAAAAAGCUGCAACUGCUCUUUGGGUCAGGCUCUUGGCACCGUUGCCAGGAAUUCGUUGCCCAACUCAAGGUCAGAAGACAUUUCCCAGUGGUCCUUUCUAGAAUUUUCAUGGAUUAAUCUCUCCCAUUUAGCUCUACGGACCUUUCCAGUUAACUGUUGGGUGUCAUGUGUGGUGAGGGUCUAAGAUCUUUCUCUGGCUCCAUUUCGCCUGUUUAUCUCUAACCCCCCGGGGCCCCAAUGUUGAGAGGACCAUUUUCUAUCUCCAUUAAUUAUCUUGGCACCUUUGUCAAAAUUAAGCUGAUUGUUACAUAAGAGUUUAUUUCUGGACCCUUAAUUCUAUUCUGCUGAUUUAUAUGCCUAUCCUGUGCCAAUGCCACUAUUUUGAUUAAUGUAGCUUUAUAGUGAACACUGAAAUCAGAAGGUGUAAGUCCUCUGACUUUAUUCUGGGACAAAAUUGCCUUUUUGCAAUUCCUCUAUAUUUUUAUAUGAACUUUAGUACUAGUUUUUACCUUCCUGAAAUAGAUAUAUGCUGGCAUUUCAAUAUGGUUGAGUCAAUUUAAAGAUCAAUAUGGGGACAACACCAUCCUGACAAUAUUGGAUAUUUCAGUCUUUGAACAUGGAAUGUUUUCAUUUAUUUAUGCUGUUUUAAUUUCUCUCAGGAAUUUUAAAAUGGCUUCAGAGGAAUAUGUUGUUCAUUUUGCUAACUUUUUUUUUUUUUACUUUUGGAUACUUUAUAGGUGGAGUUUUUUAUUUUUCAAAUUUCACUUAAAAUUCAUUUGUUAUUAUUAAAACAUGUAAUUGACUUAUUCACACACAACACCCAAUUUCUCAGCACAGUUUUACUUUGUUUCCAAACUAGAAGACUUUUCUCUGUUUCCCUUUUGUCUUUUGACUCCCCCCCCCCCAUUUCCUUCUCUUCCUCCUUAGUUUUGUGCUUCUCUUACUGCAUUGGUUGGGUCCAUUCUCUUCAGUUAAAUAUUGAACAGACAUUUCUGAUCUUCCCAACAGAGGGAACAAACCAUUUACUGUUUGGGCAUAUGUUAUUAUUCGGUUUUAUAGAUGUCCGUGUCAGGUUGAGGACAUUCCCUUCAGUCUCUUUUUGCGGUUGUUAUGUAACCCAGGCUUGUCUGUAACUUGCCAUGUAGGCCAGGCCACCUCAAAUUUGAACUGAUCCUUUUGGCUCUGUCUUCCAAGUGCUGGGAUUACAGCUAUGCUCCCAUAUCAUUUUUUAAAUUUCCAUUCGAUAAUUUAUUAUUUCUUAAAAUCCUGAAUGAAUUUGGAAUUUUGCUAAAUGCUUUUCCUGUAUGUAUCAAAUCAAUUCUUCUUUAGGAUAUUGAUAUUAUAUCAGUAUAAUCUAUUAAAGGAUUUGACUUUUGGAUAUUAAACCAACCUUGCAUUUGAGGGGAAGAUUGAUCAAAUGGGUUGGUAGCACAUUGCUCAGUUGAUGUCAUGGUUUCAGGACUUCAGCAACAGAGCUCAACAUAGCUCAGAGGAGCUCUUAGAGCUCCAGGUAGCUUAUAGCAACAUCUCUUCUCCUUCACAGUUUGAAGGUCGGGAGUCCAAAAUCAAUGUGUCAGCAAAACUGUGCUCACAUCCACAGCUCUCAGGAUGCCCUGUUCUACCUUUUCAAUUUCUGGCAGCUCCCAGUAGCCCUUGGCCUCUGCAGAACUGCCACUCCAGUCUCUGCCUAUGUUUUCAUAUACACUUUCCCAUUUGGGUCCAAAUUUUCCUCUUCUUAUAAGGACAUCAGUUUUGAAUCACAACCUGCAAGAAAACAAAGUAUGAUUUUUCCUGUAUGAGUUUCUUCCAGCUGCUGUGACAAAUAGCUCCCUGGCUGAGGAGUUUGGCACAGCAGAAAUUCAUUGUCACAUUUCUGAGGAUCAGAAACACAAGAUCAUGAUGCAACAGGAUUGGCUUCUGGUGAGGCUGCUAUGGAGAAGCUUAUGAAGAGAGGCUCCCGGCCUCUCUUCAGUUCUGGGUGGUUGCUAACAGUCUUUGGUGUUCCUUGGGGUAUAGAAGCAUACCUCAGUCUGUUUUCAUCUUCAGUGGGUAAUCUCUGUUUAUGUCUGCAUCCAAAGUUUCUUUUUUCAGAAAGACUUGGUAGUGUUGCAUUGGGAUCCACCCUAUUCCAACAUUCUUUCACUGUAACUUGAUUACCUACAAAGAUUCUGUUUUUCCCCCUUCCCCAUCUUUUCCUUCUUCCCUCCCUCUUUUCUUUCAUUCUUACCCUCCCCCCUUUUUUGUAUUGAGGAUUAAACUCAGGGCCUUGAGCAUGUCAAGAAAGCACUCCACCAAUAAGCUAGAUUCAUGUUACCAAAGUCCCUAUUUCUAAAGAAGGUUUUGAGACCCAGGAAUUGAACAUUUUUGUUUUAUUAGAUAGCUUUGCUUUGUUGUGGCAACAAUACCUGUAAUGAACAACUCAGGGCUUCCAGUUGUGGUCUAUCAUGGUGGAAAGGCAUAGCUGAGCAGCUGAGCUCACUGGCACGAUACAGAGGUGGAGGUUGGCCAGACAGCAGAGAAUAAAGCCAGAACCAGAGUCCAGGUAGAAGAGGGUAUGGGAUACCCUGGGGCUGAUGUUAUGGAAACUUGGCAGUAUCGUGUGGGUUCUGGGAAUCCAACUCAGGUGCUCUUAACCACAUCUGGCCAGUCACGGUCAGAUUGCUCUUGAUCUUACUAUUAUUUCCGCUGAUCUUUUACAGGUAUGGUACCAAUGCUUGAUUGAUAGCAAUGUUAGCCAUUCUUAUUUGAUGAGUUUGCCUGAGAACCUAGAUUUAUAGCAAUAACAGUUCCCUCUUGGUGCUCAUAUUUGAAUAUCACUCAAUUAGAUGGUAAUCUCCAUGUGCAGCAUUUCCUGGCCUUUCUACUCUAAAAUCCUUUUUACUGGCCAGUGCCCUCAUGUUAGUUGUGGGUUCUUCCCAACUUCUAGAGUAGUUUUUACUUGUCUGAAUCUGUCAUGCAAUGUUUUAGCAUUCUGAGCAGUUGGCAGGUAUGCCUGGAGCUCUUCCAGUGUCUGCAAACUCAGACUCUUGGGCCCCAAGCUUCUGGAGAGGAACAGGGAGUACUGAAGCUUUGGAGGGGUGCUUGCUGGAGGUCAGUUAAGACAGGUUCUACCUGCCUAGAACAAAUGUAACUCAAGACGGAUGAUCAAAAUGUGAAUGCUUCACUCCUUCUCUAAAAGGGGAACAAGAAUACCCUUGGCAGGGAAUAGAGAGGCAAAGAUUAAAACAGAGACUGAAGGAAUACCCAUUCAGAGCCUGCCCCACAUGUGGCCCAUACAUAUACAGCCACCCAAUUAGACAAGAUGGAUGAAGCAAAGAAGUGCAGACCGACAGGAGCCGGAUGUAGAUCGCUCCUGAGAGACACAGCCAGAAUACAGCAAAUACAGAGGCGAAUGCCAGCAGCAAACCACUGAACUGAGAAUAGGACCCCCGUUGAAGGAAUCAGAGAAAGAACUGGAAGAGCUUGAAGGGGUUCGAGACCCCCAUAGGUACAACAACGCCAAGCAACCAGAGCUUCCAGGGACUAAGCCACUACCUAAGGACUAUACAUGGACUGACCCUGGACUCUGACCUCAUAGGAAGCAAUGAAUAUCCUAGUAAGAGCACCAGUGGAAGGGGAAGCCCUGGGUCCUGCUAAGACUGAACCCCCAGUGAACUAGACUGUUGGGGGUAGGGCGGCAAUGGGGGGAGGGUGGGGAAGGGAACACCCAUAAGGAAGGGGAGGGGGGAGGGGGAUGUUUGCCCGGAAACCAAAGAAUUAUUAUUAAGUAUUAAAUAAAUUAAAAAAAAUAAACUGAUUUCGAUUAGCCUAAAAAAAAAAAAAAAAAGAAGACAGGUUCUAGCACAGGGGACAGAUGGUGCUAAGUCUUAGCUUCUGCUUGUUGUUUGUUUAAGACAGAGUCUCACUCUAGCCCAGUCUGAAUUCUAGAAUUCAUUAGGUCACUCGAGCUAAUUUUGAACUGACCAAAGUCUUCUUGCCUCAGUCUCCUAAGUGCUGGUAUUGUAUGUGAGAACAGCUGUGCUAGGCCACUAUGUCCUACUAGUCAUAGGAAAGAAUCUGCUGGUGAUUUAAAGUUAACCAUCCAUCUUAACGUCAGAGACCACUACAGUCAUUCAAGUACGCCCAGCUGUCAACAUAAUCCUCACUUCAGUUUGCCCCAAUCACUUCUGAUUGCCCGUUCUGCUUUUUGUCUGGUCUUGUGGCUCUACCACCUGCUAAAAUCCUGCAGAUACUGUCUUUAGUGGAUAUGACUGAUGGCCAUCUAGCAUGCUCUUCAUGAGUUCCCUCAGAGAGCCCUUGCUUGUCAGAAUAAUAUGGAAGUCUCAAAGGAUCUGCUUCUAACGUUCAUAUCCAGUUGAACAUCUGAACUGUCAGGAGCCAUAAUAGGACAAAUUAAUAACCAGCACGUGAUCUUCCUGAGAUGGUCUGCUUCAGAUUAUAAUAUAAUCUGUGACAGAUUCGCUCUUAAAGGACAAGGUCCUAUGAGAAUUCAUCUUAGGAAAAAUUUCUGCUAUUAAUAUGAUUUUCCUGUUAUUUUUUUUAUUAACUUGAGUGUUUCUUAUUUACACUUCGAGUGUUAUUCCCUUUCCCGGUUUCCGGGCAAACAUCCCCCUAAUUCCUCCCCCUCCCCUUCUUUAUGGGUGUUCCACCCUCCCCCCAACAAUCACGUUCACUGGGGGUUCAGUCUUAGCAGGACCAAGGGCUUCCCCUUCCACUGGUGAUCUUAUUAGAAUAUUCAGUGCUACCUAUGAGGUCAGAGUCCAGGGUCAGUCCAUGUAUAGUCCUUAGGUAGUGGCUUAGUCCCUGGAAGCUCUGGUUGCUUGGCAUUGUUGUUCAUAAGGGGUCUCGAGCUCCUUCAAGCUCUUCGAGUUCUUUCUCUGAUUCCUUCAACGGGGGUCCCAUUCUCAGUUCAGUGGUUUGCUGCUGGCAUUCGCGAUUUUUCUGUUAUUAUUAAACAUAUAUACCAAUAACUAGAUAUUAGCCCCACCCUUUUGGAGCAUAUCUCUGCAGAUCUAUGAAGAUGUACUGUUUUGUAGUGAUGCAAUAUAGACAAAUAGAUGGCUUAAGUCUUAAUGAUGACCCUAUAAGAAUUCCUAAAAUUAUACCAGCGAUUAUUAAGCUCUAUUAUAGUGGGACUGCUAUUAGGUCCUUUUCUGAUAGUCAAAUCUGCAAUGAGAACUCUGCCAGUUUCCCAUGUAUCACCAUAUAAUUGCUCUUAGAUGGUAACCAGACUUUCUCCUACUCAAAGCACAUUCCAAGGGACUGUAAAACAAUUAACCAAAGGUCAUAAAAAGGGAACUAACCAUUUAUUAUAGGUGCUAGAACAGAAGAUAAAAUAUUGUCUGGGUUUAUCUAUACAAAACUUCACUAAUAACUUAGUUAUGGUCUUAAACCUUCAGUGAAUCUGUGGAGCUGUGACAGGUGAUGGAUGUUUAGCCAGAUAAUUACUCCUAAUGGAUAUGCAUGUAAUAUGUAACAUUGUCUGUUGUUACCCCCAUUCCCAGUUUCCCCUCCAGAAACCCACUAUCUCAUCCCUCCUCUCCCUGCUUCUAUGAGGAUGCUCCUCCUACACUGGGGCAUAGAGCCUUGACAGGACUAAAGGCCUCUCCUCCCAUUGAUGCCCAACAAGGCCAUCCUCUGUUACAUAUGUGGCUGGUGAACUUUUUAACGUGUGAUUAUGUAUUCUGAAAGGUGUAUAAGUACUGAGGACAAAGAGAAGAGAGAAGAAUAUUUUGCUUUUCCCUGCUUAGAGAAGAAGUUUUUCCCUUUCCCUACUUAGAAGAAUUUUUCCCUUUCCCUGCUUAGGAUCUUUCUGCUUUCCCCCUUUUUCUUAAAUAGCUUUAAUAGGAAACUUUUUACAACUUAGUAAUAAACUCUAUAAUCACUUUUCAAAGUAUCCCUUUUUUCUUCAUGGGAUUUCCUAGACUGUGCAGUUCCUAGUUAGUUCCUAGUUAGUUCCUAGUUAGUUCCUAGAUAGGCCAGCACAGUUCCUGCUGAGAUAGUACAAAGGCUUCACUUAAACCUUUGCUGUUUUAGGAAGAGGUGCUAUCAGAGGAUCACAGAAGGCAGGUCAGCUACAGUAGCAAGGUAACUUAGACUUGGAUAAGUAAACUUUAUUAUACAGCAACCCUAAAUACCUUGUAAGACCAAGUCUUACCUUCCGCUGAUGCUCUUCCCCCUCUGCUGCCUCAAGAAGAACCAACAGCCACCCCUCCCCUUUCCCUAGAACUUCCCGGUUUCUACUUUCUGCACAGUCUUAGAACUGUCUCUUGGGAAAGGCUUCCCUCGUUUUGCUUCUCAUCCAUCUCUUUUGCCUCCAACAUACUGAUCAUUCUCCAGGGACCACAGCCACUGCUCCUGUCCUCUGGUAAAGGUGCCACUUCCCUCUGUGCUCACAGAUCAUCUCGUUUUUCUAAGGUCCCUGUGUGGCCUACUUGCUAAUGGUAAUCAGUAAGACUAAUGUAUCUAUUCCAUCAUAAGCUUCCUUGGGGGAAAGGCUUCUACUCUGCUUUUUCCUGAACACUUUGCUUGAUUCCUGUAUAUAUCAGUGCUUCAGAGCAUUAGUAAGAAUGAUGAGCUAUUGUCCAAAGAAGCUAUCAUGAAUCAAUCAUGACUUUUGAGAGUCAUAUCCAUACUAAAACAGCCUGAUUCUUUAUGUGUAGAAAAACAUUUUUCUACAGCAUUUUCAGAAAAACUAUUAAUCAGGCAUGGAGGGAUGGCUCAGUCGUUAAGAAGUACAGUUAUCCCUGAAGACCUGAGUUUGUUUCUAAGCACCCAUGCCUGGUGUCUCACAACUGUCGUAACUCAAGCACCAAGUGAUCUGAUGUAUUCUUCUGAACUCCCCUUUCACUGUACCCAUGUGUACAGAGUCUCACACAUGCAUGCAAAGAAUUUAAAUUAAAAUAUUUAACAAACUCGGUGCUGAUUAGUAACUCAUUAGCUGGGAAUCAUGCUCGAUUUCCUUUACUACAGUGUGAAGCUCAGUCAUACAGCUGCUCUCAGAUUGGGCCAUAAAGAGAAGUGUGUAUAACCCACACAUUCUAUACCUCUCUAUCUGAAUGACUUCUCUGAGAACAGGAACCAACUGUUUUCUUGUUGGAACUUUGAAACUUCUGGUUUUAUAUGGGAUUUGAGACCUUUCACAUUUGAUUUCAUGUGGCAUAUGCUCUUAUUAAGUAAUGGAAAAGGUCUCCUUAAGCAGCUACAUGUCAUAUAGUGCCAGAUUGAUGCACACAACCUCAAGUUUCUAUCUCUAUCAUAAGAUAAAAGUCCAAAGAACUGCUCAAAAAUAUGUUUCAGAUAAUGCUUCUCAUUUCUUGUAUCUCGGAGACACCACAAGGAUUAAGCAGUUUCCCAUGCCCAAGCUGGGACAGAUGCUCAAACCUUGUGUUGCCAAGAGCAUUAGGUACCAGUUCCUAGAUGCGUUUUCAUGGUUAUAAUGUAGGAGAACCACCAGCAACGUUCAGAAUCUCCAGGAGAAGAAUACUCCAAAAUUGCUAUUAUAAUUCUGUUAGAAAUAGCUCAUGAUUAUAACCAGCACAUAGUUUUCCUAAGUAUGAGCAAAAUCAUCAUCCUUCAUAAAAAGCAAUUAUCCUUUCUCUCCAAACAUUUCUGUGACAGUUUAUUAUCAGAUUCCAUAAUGUAAAAUAGGUUUGUCCACCUAAGACUUAUGAUAAAUAAGAUGUUAGUGGUAGACAAAGAAUUUGAAGACAUUUGGGCUUUUAUGUUCUCUACCUAUUUCUUCAUCAAACUCUUCUAUUCGGUAAACAUUUAUUGAUAAUCCUUUUGUACCCGACGUUGGAAAAAAAUGGUUGAAUAAAGCUGUGUGUCUUCCUAGGGAAAUGCUAUUCCAGAUGGAAGGAUUGGGUUUAUCUAAAAACAAACAAACAAACAAAACAAAACAAAACAAAAACCAAACAAACAAAUAAGAUGAGGUGGAGUCAGAAAAAUACCACAAUUAAUUUUUGGAGACAUUAUCAGAAAAGUUUUCUUCCUGCCAGGAAAGAGAAUACUGAGUGAUAACAUGGACUCAGUACCCAUGCCAACCCAUUUUUACUGGUAGAACCUAUGGUGGUGGGCAGAUAUGCAACUAGAAAUCCAAGAAAGAACAAUGACUUGAGGAUAAAUUGUUGGAGCAAAAAGAAAGCAUUUACUUGAAAAACUAGAAAACUAAAGAAUAAGAAGCCUAUCACCAUCAAAGACCAUCUUGCCUACGUGAGCAGGUAUAAGGCUGAUACAGGAAACUAUAGGAGGCAUGUCAGAAAGGCAGACACAAGGAAACUGCAAAUUUGGGGGCUUGCUGUUCUCAUACAUAGGCUACUAAAACCCAUGGGCCACUGGAUAUUGUGGGUUCUUAAAGAGAGGGCAGUGAUUAGAAAGCUGUGUGACUCACGUCUUCUUAGUUCCUUUCCUCAUUCAUAGUUAAGAGCAUGGUUAGUUCUUCGGGUAACCAAGCUAUCUUUUCUUGGGAAAACAAAUCCUACCUGUGGUGGCUUGAAUAGAUUCAGUCCCUAUAGACUCAUGUGUUUGAAUGCUUGGCUCAUAGGGAGAGGCAUUGUUAGGAGAUAGGGCCUUGUUGGAGUAAAUCUUAACUUGUUGUCUGUCACUGUAGGGGUGGGGUUUGAGGUCUCCUAUGCUCAAGGUAUACUAGUGUGUUACACAGUCUCCUGCUACUGCCUGUGGAUCUGAAUGUAGAACUCUCAGCUCCUCCAGCACCGUGUCUGCCUGCGCACUGUCAUGCUUUCUGCCACGAUGAUAAUGGACUACAUCUUUGAAACUGCAAGCCAGCGAGCGCCAAUUAAAUGUUUUCCUUUAUAAGAGUUUCUGUGUCUCUGGCUCUCCACAGGAAAGGAAACCAUAAGACACUACCUUUCCCCGAUGACCAAGAUAGACAGGGACAAGGACCUUCCCCUUGGAGGACAGGGGAGGUAACCGAAAGGCAACUGUAAAAGACAAAGAACUUUGUCAACACGAGGAUGACUUGACAGAGGAAACUUUCAAUGAGGACUGCAGAGUGCCACUGGAUUUCAGAGCUGCAUGAGAUCUUGGAGUAACCUCUUCUCACUACUGUGAUUGAACCCAAGGUGAAGUGCAGACAGGAGACAGGAAUAACUGGAGAAUGUCUCAGGAAUAUAGCAUCCUGGGAAGAGGAGGGGCUGGCCAGCAGGCUGGGUUUUUCAGUGUGUAUUAAAUCCAGGCCUUAUUAAACAGGGUCUAAAGAUUUCUAAGGAACAGAGAAAGCUGCUCCUGGUGUCAGCAGGAGUCUUGGAGUAACCUCUUCUCACUACUGUGAUUGAACUGUGUCUCAUGGCUUGUGAAACGCUCAUGGAGGUUUUUACAGAUCUCUUACUGAAUCUGAGACUCACCAGUUUGUUAGACUGUCUGGCCAAUGACCUCCAGGGAGCUGCUGGUCUCUAUCUCCUCUCAUCAUCCUUCAGUACUGCCAUUGCAGGUGCAAGCCACCACACCUGGUUUCAGGUAGAUUCUGGGUACCUGAGCUCUGGUGAGGCCCUUCUGAGCUGUACAAGUUAAACGUUUACAACCCUAAGUCUCUAUCUCUCUCUCUUUCUUUUUUUAUUGUCAAGAGACCCAUGAAAGGGAGGUCUUGUACAGAGGGUUAUUUAUCCUCAAAUAUAAGCUGGGUUUCAGCAGUCUUGUCUGGCAACAUCUCAGACAGCAGACGGAAGGUUGGCCCCAGAGACUCGGCACUAUGCUGCUAAGAGCCAUAGUAGAGUUUGGUCAUUUCUCAGUGCUGGGAGUUCUGUAAUUCUCGAAACAAGAGCAUUCUAAAUAAGAUCACAGCGUGUAUCACCAACAUUGAAACAAAGCUAGAGUAUUCUGAACACACACAGUUUAAUUAUCACAUUUCUUCUAACGGAUUUUUAAAUCAUUACAGUUCUGCCUCACCCACCGGUGUUUAGUAAGUGGAAAGGAAGGUCACCGUAUCUGAGUGAGGUGGGGAGUCUUCUCACCCGUGGAGACAGGCUCAUGUUUGUCUUCGUCCCUAGUGAUUGAGAAGCACAGAUCAUUCAGGAGGGGAGCUUGUAUUGGCUGUAGUAUGUACUCUGAGACGCUAAAAGUGGGAGAGAAAAAAAUGCAACUGUCUAGACAGGAAGUGAGCCAUCUCUUCCUGUAAUAGUUUGUCUAGUACACAGAGUGAGGAUUACUUCUGUCACCUACUUUAUUUUUUCAUGUAUGUUUAUGUGUGUGGUGCUUGCAUAUGAGUGUAGGAGUUUACCUGUCACAUUAUGUGAAGGCCAGAGCAGGAUGCCCUGUGUUCUUUUCUAUUGUUUUCUGUCUGAUGGCCCCAAGAAAGGGUCUCUCAUGAGCCAGAAAGUUACUAUUUUGGCUAGGCUGGUUGACCAGCAAGCUCCUGGGACUUGUUGUUCCCUACCUCUUCCCCACUGGAGUUACAGCCAUGCACAGCCAUGGAAGCUUCUCACAUGGGUACUGGGGAUUUGAACUUAGAUCUUCAUGCUUGUACUUCAUGCAUCAACUAUUCUUAACCACUGAGCCACCUCCCCAGCUCCUUGAACAUUUUCCUGAUUACACUCUCAGUGCUGUGCAAGUAUCCUGCUUAUCCACUCACAACUUUAUGUAAAUUAAAGAAAAUAUGUUGCAUAUUCAAAGUGAUAUAUCCUGCUGACAGUGGAUUAAUAAUGCCUAAUAAUUUUCUAAGAGAAAUUUUAUAUAGUUGCAUUGUAUAUCAUAUGUGCAUUAUAAAUAAUGUACUAAUACAGACUCAGCCUUCUCAUAAAUUUGGCAUUAAUACAUUUCUCUGCUUCUGUGACUAGCAGUUAGAACACAAGAAUGUGGUUAGAAGAAUGAGAAAGGAGCAUAUAAAUACCAAUAAAAAUAAUUAUCUAUAAUUAUCUGUUGGCAUGUUAAUGAGCUCUCUCUCUCUCUCUCUCUCUCUCUCUCUCUCUCUCUGUGUGUGUGUGUGUGUGGUGUUUUAAUUUCCAUUAAGUUGUGGGCAAAUUAAAGAUCAUUAACUGUCCACAAAAAUGCUACAAUGUUAUUUUUCCCCAGUGGUAUAGUUUGUGUACAAUCACGUGCAUGGGCAGAGGAUGAAAAUAACUGAGAACUUCGGGUGGUCCUGUCAAUGUAAACAGUAUCUAUUUCUUUACUCCAGUUAGUUGCCCCCUGUUCCUUUCAGAUCAACUCUGCCCUUCUCAAGGCAACUGCAGUUUAGACUUUUAUCAUGGCUGUGAUGUCUAGUUUUGGAAUUUCGUGUAAAUUCCACUGUAUUCUUCGGCAUAUGGCUUCUCUCAAGAAAUCUCUUGAGGCCCUUGAUGUUUUAUGUACUGGUGACAUAUUGCUUGCUCCCUUGAACUGUUUGUUUGCUGAGUAGAUUAGUUGUCUGAGAAUGCAAUUGUUUUCUUUCAAAAGAAAACUUGGGUUAUGAUUGAUUGGUGAAAGGAGUGUCAUGAACACUCCUGUGGAAAUAUUUAGUGGCCAUAUGGCUUUUGUUGUUGUUGUUUUACUUUGGAUUAGGUGCCCAGAAAUAGAUUUACUCUUCAUUACUCUGUCUGUCUGUCUGUCCGUCCGUCCGUCCGUCCGUCCACCCAUCUAUCCGUCCGUCCACCCAUCUAUCCGUCCGUCCACCUAUCUAUCUAUCUAUCUAUCUAUCUAUCUAUCUAUCUAUCUAUCUAUCUAUCUAUCAUCUAUCUAUCAUUUAUCAUUUAGUGUUUGUGUAUGUGUACCUGCACACACAUUGGUGUGCUCUACUCCAUAUGUGGAGGUCAGAUAUAACCCAGGGAAGUCUAUUCUCUCCUUCCAUCAUGUGGGGUCUUGAAAUCAGGCAAGCACCAUUUUUGUAGCCUACUAAGAGAUUUCAUUGGCCCCAAAAUGAAUUAUAUAAAACUUUCCAGUAGAUUUAUUUAGUUUUGAAAGAGAAAACUUAGCAAACAUUAGUCAUAACAUCUGCUAUAUAAAGGUUAUAAUACCCUUCAAGGACAAGAAGUCAAUGUCAAAAUGUUUUGGUAUUUUUUAUUUUUUAAUUAAUAAAUUUAUUUGCACCCUGAUCACAGCUUCCCCACACCUCUCCUCCCAGUCCUUCCCUCUCCUUCCCCCUUUCCUCACCCCUCCUACCCUUUCUCCUUAGAGAAGGGAAGGCUUCCCAUGGAUAUCAACCAGCUUUGUCAUAUCAAGUUCAGUACAACUAGGCACAUCUUCUAUUGAGCCUAGAUAAUGUAGUCUAAUUAAGGGAAAGUGAUCCAAAGGUAGGCAGCAGAGUCAGAAGCAGCCCUUGCUCCUACCGUUAGGAGUCCUAUAUGAAGACCAAGCUGCAUAUCUGUUACAUAUGUGCAAAGGGGCUAGAUCCACCCCAUGCAUGUUCCCUGGUUGGUGGUUCAGUCUUUAUGAGCCUCCAUAGGCCCAGGUUAGUUGAUUCUGUAGGUUUUCUUGUGGUGUCCUUGAGCUCUCUGGCUCCUUCAAUCCUUCCUCUCCUUCUUCUACAAAAAUCCCUGAGUUCCACCUAACGUUUGGCUCUGGUUCUCUGCAUCUGUUUCCAUCAGCUGCUGGGUGGAGUCUUUCAGAGGACAGUUAUGUCAGAAUCUUGACUACAAGCAUAGGAGAACAUCAUGGAUGGUGUCAGGGCUUGGAAUCUCUUUCAUGGCAUGGGUCUCAAAUUGGGCUGGUCAUUGGUUGGCUGUUUCUUCAAUUUCUGCUCCAUCUUCAUCCCUGCACAUCUUGUAGACAGGACACAUUGUCACUGGUUCUGUGGCUGGGUUGGUGCCCCUAUUGCUAGGAGUCAUAAGUUUCUGGGGGGUUUCCCUUUUCCUAGGUUUCUAGUUCAUCCCAGAGAUGCUCCCAAACCCACCGAUCCCAGUUCUCUCUCCCUGGUUUCUCCCCUUCCUUCCUCCUCAUACUUGAUUCCUCCUGUUCCUCUCUCCAGCCCUCUCCUCAUCCCCUCUCUCCACUCUCUUUGUCUAUUGUAUUUUCUCUAUUCAGUGAUAUUCAAGCAACCUCCCUUAGGUCCUCCUGGCUACUUAACUUCCACAUUUCACCUUGGACAUUGAAAAUAAGACUUCUUGUAUGUAGUCAAUAAGCCCUCAACAUUUUAGGAAAGAUUUAAAACAGCAAAUGGCAAAGAUCUCACUAGUGUUUUACCUUUGCCUAUGAUCCAGCCCCCAGGGUGCUUUGUUGGCAAUCUUACUUCCUUAGAGUUAUCAUGACAAUGAUGCCAGAAGUCUGCAGCAUUUUUCUGAAAUGUUGAUUAAUGUUUAAGAUUCUGUGUUUCAAAUUUCAUGUGAGAUUUUUAGAAGUUAGAAGUAUUUCAUUUUAGCAAUAACAUCUUUAAUUUUAUCUGACAAGAUUGUAAGUAAAGUCUUUUUUUCUCAUGUUACUCGAGGAAUCCUUUUCACAUAUUCAAGAACUUUUCUUGUUUCAUGUAGUAAUCAGCCCCAUGAGACCACCAUGCCUUUGUCCAGACAGCCGGAAGGGUCAUCCUGGCACCACCUUUGUUACUUUAAGAAAGAGGAGGCUGGAAGUCCCACACCCGCGGAUCCCGGCCCGCAGCAGCUCUCUGCUCCCAGACCCGGUGAGAGAGAGACCCAACCGCCUGGUCAGGUGGGCACUCCUGAGGCUGCAGAGUGGAAGAGACCAACAACACUGCUCACCCCUGCCCACAUCCCUGGCCCAAGAGGAAACUGUAUAAGGCCUCUGGGCUCCCGUGGAGGAGGGCCCAGGAGCAGCAGGACACCUGCCUGAGACACCACCGGAACCGGAAAGAAACAGACCGGAUAAACAGUUCUCUGCACCCAAAUCCCGUGGGAGGGAGAGCUAAACCUCCAGAGAGGCAGACAAGCCUGGGAAACCAGAAGAGACUGCUCCCUGCACACACAUCUCAGACGCCAGAGGAAAAAGCCAAAGACCAUCUGGAACCCUGGUGCACUGAAGCUCCCGGAAGGGGCGGCACAGGUCUUCCUGGUUGCUGCCGCUGCAGAGAGCCCCUGGGCAGCAACCCACGAGCGAACCUGAGCCUCGGGACCACAGGUAAGACCAAAUUUUCUGCUGCAAGAAAGCUGCCUGGUGAACUCAAGACACAGGCCCACAGGAACAGCUGAAGACCUGUAGAGAGGAAAAACUACACGCCCAAAAGCAGAACACUCUGUCCCCAUAACUGACUGAAAGAGAGGAAAACAGGUCUACAGCACUCCUGACACACAGGCUUAUAGGACAGUCUAGCCACUGUCAGAAAUAGCAGAACAAAGUAACACUAGAGAUAAUCUGAUGGCGAGAGGCAAGCGCAGGAACCCAAGCAACAGAAACCAAGACUACAUGCCAUCAUCGGAGCCCAAUUCUCCCACCAAAACAAACAUGGAAUAUUCAAACACACCAGAAAAGCAAGAUCUAGUUUCAAAAUCAUAUUUGAUCAUGAUGCUGGAGGACUUCAAGAAAGACAUGAACACACUUAGGGAAACACAGGAAAACAUUAAUAAACAAGUAGAAGCCUACAGAGAAGAAUCACAAAAAUCCCUGAAAGAAUUCCAGGAAAACACAAUCAAACAGUUGAAGGAAUUAAAAAUGGAAAUAGAAGCAAUCAAGAAAGAACACAUGGAAACAACCCUGGAUAUAGAAAACCAAAAGAAGAGACAAGGAGCUGUAGAUACAAGCUUCACCAACAGAAUACAAGAGAUGGAAGAGAGAAUCUCAGGAGCAGAAGAUUCCAUAGAAAUCAUUGACUCAACUGUCAAAGAUAAUGUAAAGCGGAAAAAGCUACUGGUCCAAAACAUACAGGAAAUCCAGGACUCAAUGAGAAGAUCAAACCUAAGGAUAAUAGGUAUAGAAGAGAGUGAAGACUCCCAGCUCAAAGGACCAGUAAAUAUCUUCAACAAAAUCAUAGAAGAAAACUUCCCUAACCUAAAAAAAGAGAUACCCAUAGACAUACAAGAAGCCUACAGAACUCCAAAUAGAUUGGACCACAAAAGAAACACCUCCCGUCACAUAAUUGUCAAAACACCAAACGCACAAAAUAAAGAAAGAAUAUUAAAAGCAGUAAGGGAAAAAGGUCAAGUAACAUAUAAAGGGAGACCUAUCAGAAUCACACCAGACUUCUCGCCAGAAACUAUGAAGGCCAGAAGAUCCUGGACUGAUGUCAUACAGACCCUAAGAGAACACAAAUGCCAGCCCAGGUUACUGUAUCCAGCAAAACUCUCAAUUAACAUAGAUGGAGAAACCAAGAUAUUCCAUGACAAAACCAAAUUUACACAAUAUCUUUCUACAAAUCCAGCACUACAAAGGAUAAUAAAUGGUGAAGCCCAACAUAAGGAGGCAAGCUAUACCCUAGAAGAAGCAAGAAACUAAUCGUCUUGGCAACAAAACAAAGAGAAUGAAAGCACACAAACAUAACCUCACAUCCAAAUAUGAAUAUAAAGGGAAACAAUAAUCACUAUUCCUUAAUAUCUCUCAACAUCAAUGGCCUCAACUCCCCAAUAAAAAGACAUAGAUUAACAAACUGGAUACGCAACGAGGACCCUGCAUUCUGCUGCCUACAGGAAACACACCUCAGACACAAAGACAGACACUACCUCAGAGUGAAAGGCUGGAAAACAACUUUCCAAGCAAAUGGUCAGAAGAAGCAAGCUGGAGUAGCCAUUCUAAUAUCAAAUAAAAUCAAUUUCCAGCUAAAAGUCAUCAAAAAAGAUAAGGAAGGACACUUCAUAUUCAUCAAAGGAAAAAUCCACCAAGAUGAACUCUCAAUCCUAAAUAUCUAUGCCCCAAAUACAAGGGCACCUACAUACGUAAAAGAAACCUUACUAAAGCUCAAAACACACAUUGCACCUCACACAAUAAUAGUGGGAGAUUUCAACACCCCACUCUCAUCAAUGGACAGAUCAUGGAAACAGAAAUUAAACAGUGAUGUCGACAGACUAAGAGAAGUCAUGAGCCAAAUGGACUUAACGGAUAUUUAUAGAACAUUCUAUCCUAAAGCAAAAGGAUAUACCUUCUUCUCAGCUCCUCAUGGUACUUUCUCCAAAAUUGACCAUAUAAUUGGUCAAAAAACGGGCCUCAACAGGUACAGAAAGAUAGAAAUAAUCCCGUGCGUGCUAUCAGACCACCACGGCCUAAAACUGGUCUUCAAUAACAAUAAGGGAAGAAUGCCCACAUAUACGUGGAAAUUGAACAAUGCUCUACUCAAUGAUAACCUGGUCAAGGAAGAAAUAAAGAAAGAAAUUAAAAACUAUUUAGAAUUUAAUGAAAAUGAAGAUACAACAUGCCCAAACUUAUGGGACACAAUGAAAGCUGUGCUAAGAGGAAAACUCAUAGCGCUGAGUGCCUGCAGAAAGAAACAGGAAAGAGCAUAUGUCAGCAGCUUGACAGCACACCUAAAAGCUCUAGAACAAAAAGAAGCAAAUACACCCAGGAGGAGUAGAAGGCAGGAAAUAAUCAAACUCAGAGCUGAAAUCAACCAAGUAGAAACAAAAAGGACCA